UGUCACACACAAACACACACACUGCACAAUGCAGAGUUCCCACCCCCACGUAAACAUGCAAUCCCAUCUGACUUCAUAUCUGUAUCAAAUAGGCAAAAAGAGGUGGACGGAAACAAGAAAUGCAGGAUCCAUGGGCCUCACGUGACCUCUCAACACAGCAGCUUUAGUGCAUUGCUGGGGAAAGGAAGAGCCUCGUCUGCCUUCAUCGCUUUGGUUUGCUUCUGGCAGGACAGAGAGACUGUGCAGACAGCCUUAGGGCUGCAGAAAGCCAUUAUUGUAUACAGAUUGCCCUGGACCUGGAAAUGCAGCAAACUCCUGAUGAAGUUCAUCCAUGCUGGGUUAAAUACCAUAGCUAUGAUUCUUGUAAUUGUUUCUAUGGUAGCCGUGUUUGAGUACCACAAUGCCAGGAACAUUCCUAACAUGUACAGUCUGCACAGCUGGAUUGGGCUGGCUGCUGUUAUAUUUUAUUCUCUCCAGCUUUUCCUGGGUUUUGUUGUCUUUCUGCUCCCUUUUGCUCCACUUCGGCUUCGAGCAGCUCUCAUGCCAAUACAUAUUUAUUCGGGCCUCCUCAUCUUUGCAACAGUGAUUGCAUCAGCUCUUAUGGGAAUCACAGAAAAGCUUAUAUUUUCACUGACAAAUCCUGCAUAUAGUGCAUCUCCACCAGAAGCAAUUUUUGUCAACUGUCUUGGCCUUUUGAUUGUAAUAUUUGGUGCACUUAUUCUGUGGAUGGCAAGCAGGCCCCACUGGAAACGCCCACCAGAAGAGCUUGCUAAAGUUCUACGGCCUGAUGGAGGGAGUCCCGAAGGCACAGAAGCAGAAUCCACGAUGACAGAUUGUAUUAACGCUGAUAAAUCUGAUGUGGGCUUCAAUAGUGAAGCAGCCAGAAAACGAAACCUCAAACUUGAUGAAGCAGGCCAACGAUCAACAAUGUAAAAAAAAAUAUACAGUAUAACAUAACAACUAUUACGUUGCCAAAAAAUACUCCUCCUGAUUCGGUUACAUUGAUAUAGAAAUAGGUUUGGGGUUUUAUUUUUAGUCAGGCUGGCUCAAAGGUAUUCAGAUUUUCUGUGUAUGAAUUUAAAUUCCAGUAAGUCCCAAAUACAUUAUAUUGGUUCAUGUUUAAUCCUCAUUAAAUACAUGAGAGCUGGAAUGAAAAACAUGCCAACUUUAAUGCCUUUUAAAAUAGAUCUAAUGGGAAAAUGUUUUCUACAUCUUUUUUUAAAUUUAAUGUCUGUAUCUCUUACAGUUAUGAAAAGUUGUUGAGUACUUUUUUUUCUGAACUAUCUUAUAGGUAUGAGUGAGAAUGGUAAAUGUAUAUCAGAACAGAAUUUAGCACAUAACUUUUCUGAAAAUGUUCACUUUCUAAAAGGCCUCAUUUCUUAUUAUGAUGAACCCUCUCACUAGCUGCUAAAAUCUGUAGGAUUUGAGGUCACUCAGCACUUUGCAGAGUUGCACUGUAAAAAUUUCUGGCCUCAGAUUUUGAAUUCAGAUAAAGAAAUGAAACAGUUUGCCUGAAAUUUUCAUGAAACAUCAUGUUGCUUUUAAAAACAUUUUUUUGUCAGAUUUUAAAUUGUUGACUUCUGUUUAACCAAUUCUACUAAGCAUGUUGUAUAGAGACAGCAAGCAUUUAGCUUUGGAUACUGAGAUCUAAGGAAAUGAUGAGAUAGUGAAGGCAGAGUUAUUUGGACAGCUACAGAUACACACUUAAAAUAUAUGUAUCAUUUAAGUCUUCCUUUGAUCCCAGAAGUUGGUAUUUACUAUCUCGAUUUGACUGUACAUUUUCUCUUGAUUUAUGGCACUAGACUAGAAAUUAGGAAGUUGGAAACCAGAGUAGACUGGUGAGCAGUAUCACAGAAGAGGGGAGCUUUAAGUGAGAAAUGUUUUCUCCCAAGAAAGAGGGGUGCUUUGCUGAUGUCACAAAAAUGUUACCAGCUAACUGAAAGCCAGCUUUGAUAUCUCCAUACUGGUGUCACAAUUAUUUUUGUUGCAGGGGUGAAGAAAAACUUCAGUCUAUAAUCAAAACAUUUAAACUUUUCUUACUUAAAAAUUAAGAUGUUAAAUAAUGCUAUUUGAGUCUGUAGUAGCACUUUACUUUUAUAGCUCAUUUUAAUAAUUGGAGUAUUAAUGUAUUACUCAUUUUUUCACAAAUAUAAACAGUGCUUUUAUUAUUUACUAUGAUUGAAGAAUAAUUAUAACAGAUUAUUUUGAUUGCACAUGCCCAAAGUGAUGAGCCUUUCUAUUAUGAUCUCUUACAAAAGCUGCAGAGCCCAUUAAAGUAAUCUUGAUAACUGCAAUAGCUGUUCCAAAUUUACCACUAAUUAUGAUGCAAAGAACUCUGCAUGGUUCAAACAGCAUACCAUUUCCUACUUUUUUAAAGACUACAUUGAUUUUCAUUUAGUUCAGCUUUUUAAAACAUUCAAACACAUUAAACUUUGUUGUGUUGUGUUAGUAUAAACAAUUUUGGUUAUACAUUAUUUUGGACCUCCUUUGACAAAGUGCAUCUCAGGUCCUGUUAUUUGAUUUGUAAUAACAUUUAAUUAUUUGGUAAGUACAGUGUAGAAGGAUAACAUAGUGAAUUAUUAGAAAAACUUUUCUGCUGUACUAUUUGGUACUAAACUCUAUUUCUAUGUCAUCACUUACAUAUGUGUGUGGAUGACUGAGAACCAUUUAGCAUUCAUAUAAUGUUUGAGAAAAUACCUGCUAUUAAAUGCUUGCAUGUAGAAUUCAGAUAUGACUAUACUAUCCUAUUGUGUGAGCACUCCUCCAGUCUCACUGUGUACAAUGGAUUGGACUGCUUUUCCCUGUUUUUCAAACAUGUGUUUUUCAAGUUCCACAAAAUUACGUCUUUCAGAAAAUUGUUCUCAGCAGCUUCUACAUAAAAUCCAAGUAGUAUUGAUAAUGACUUUUUGAGAGGAAAUUGAGAGUGCUCUUUUUACAUGAAAUUAGUGUUCAGUUGACACGACAUUAUUAUGUUACACGUCCUACUAUAAAUUUAUAUAUUGCCAGUUAAGUAGGAAGAGGAAGAGCUCAUUUAUUCACUUCACCACAGGUGCAACACAGGCAACAGCAUUUUAAGUUGGCAUGUAUUGCCCUGUUACUGUGUCUCAUCCACCUGUGAAAAUGAGUUCAUUCAAUCCUUGCAUGGCACUAACUCAUCUAAUAACUGUGUGUUUGUGUGCAAGAUAGUCACAUGUACAGGGAUUAUUCUGAAGGAAACUAUCCAUACCAUAAACUGGAAAAAACACAAAAUCUGUGAUUUCUUUUUUACAUCAGUGAAUUGGAUGUAUUGAAAUGAAAAGCUUAUAGGUGAAUAGUUCUAUAUGCUGUUAGAAUUAUGCCAUAGUAAUAAUUAUGCCUAAGAAUAAUUAUGCCCAGGAGUAAUGAUACUUCAAAAAAAGAAUAGUGGCAUUUCUUCUAUGUCUAUUCUGAUGAUACAAAAUUCUUUGCAAAGCAAGGAUUAGCAACCUUUCAAGGGUAGUCUACCAGGCUGCAUUUUUCUUUUUCAAAUUUGAGGUUAAACACUGGUAAAAACUCACAGGGAGGUCUGAGAUUCCAUUCUGGGAAAUUAUGGUAUCACACAGAUAAUCAGUAAUAUCUGAUGCACGUGAAACAGGGGAUGGUAGCUCCUUUGGACCUUGGAAGGUCUCUCCAAGAUGUAGUAGCACCCGAAGCUUUUGCGACCUUGGAGUGUGCAAUUUAAAAUAGACUUGCAUGCUGUAGUCUUUUGGUUUCUGUUCCAACCAGAUUUAAAAAAAAUCUUUGUAAGUAUCCUUAGUUCGAGUUAUUUCAAAUGCUAAAUAAAAUAAGGACUUUAGAGAGUCAUCUUUUUAGAAAAAAACAGAUAUCCUAAAUCUGUUUCUCAAAGUGGCCUUCCAUCAGCUUUUGAUCCAUAGAACUUGCAGUUAUGUGUAGGAGUAGCAACAUGGAAACUAAAAAAGUAUAUUUUCAAAUAUAUAAAUGGAAGUUAAAACUCUAGCUUUUUUAUCAGCAUUUUUAUGGAUGUUCUGGAAUCUUCUACAUUGUUAUGUUUUUACAGGGACAUGAUUAUGCAGCUUACAUUCCAAGUUUGGGUUUCUAUAAAAACAUAGGAGGUUACAAAACCUAAUAUAAAUAAUACUAUUUUUAUAAGAUGUCUGAAAAACAAAUUAUUUUUUAAUGUAUUUACAUGCUGCCUUGCAGCACUGAGCACAGAAGCGGAAUCAUGUUUUGUUCCAAUAUUAUUGAACCUGAGAAAUAGUGGUACGAACUAGAUUUUAAAAUUGAAUGUACAGUUAUUACAUGUACACUUCUUACUACAUAUAAUCAAGAGGAUUACAUAUGAUAUUGUAAAUAUGGAUUACUUGUAUACAUGGAAAUUUUAGUGAAAGGCUAAAAGAUAUUGCCAAAUAAUUUUCUAUUUCAGAAGAUUUUGUUUCCAUUUUACAAAAUUAUUUCCUCUGUUUCUGCCUGUUCACAAGGACUUAAAGAAUUAUUUUAUUAUUUUGUUACUUACAAUACGUAUUUGUAGAUGAAAACA